UACUGAAUAAGCUUUUCUAAAGGGCAUUGAUUAAGCCCCAGAAAAAGUAGGCUUUGAAUAAAAAAAUAAAAAAAAAUUCCAAUUAAAUUUAAAGGCUAAGCCUUAAUAUCAUGUUCUUGGACGAUUUUGGAUUCCCCAAGGAGGUGACUGCGGAGAACCUGAACACCUAUUCUUAUGAUCUGCAUGGCACUAAGCUGUUGACAUCGGCGGACACUGAAUUUUAUCUGCCGCCGAAAUGGCAUGGCACAAUUUACAGUACCGAGGAGUUGCUGCACGCCUACAGAAAGCGAUUUAACCCGGAUCCCACUCUCCUGACCUUCCAUGCCAUGCAACCCUAUGAGCCCGAGUUCAUUUGCUGCGAGAGGGCUGUGGUGGAGCUGACAGUGAUGCCGGCUGGUCAGAGCCUCUACAGCGACAAGUCCAUCGUGGUGUUUCUGGUCAAGCAGCCAGCCGAAGAGCGGAACUCUCUGAUCACCAAGGAACUCGGCACACUGCUGGAUUUCUUUCCGCACAACCACCACUACCACUCCCGGAUCAUGGACGAGGGCAUCGAUGUGGUCUAUGUGGAUGACAAGAUCUACAAGACUGGACCGACCAGCAGUUAUCAACACCAGCGCCUCUUCAACCUGAUCAGGAACAUCCAGCCGGGUGCUGUGCUGGGCCUUUCGGGAGGUCCCUUGCCCGAUGUCCUGCGCAGUGUCUGCAAGAAACCAGCCCAGAAGCCCAAGGAGCACAACUGAGGAGCCCACCCUCUUCCAGCAAAUAAUAUACCUCAUCCAGCAUCAUAGUCCGGUUUAAUAAACUUUGUGACUUCAGAAAA